AUGUCAUUACCAUCGUGUGUCACCUUAUAUUUCAAACAGAAGUAUGCACGAGUGUAUGACAUGGAUUAUCUCUCAUCUUUAUUCUCUAAAAUCAAUAUUGUUCCCAAAGACGAUGUAAUAGAAACGGUGACAUCCUUUCAAGCAAAAUUUGAUUAUUCGGACAUUCCAAUCAUAGUAGCAAACCAGUCGCUCUUUUCGAAUUUUAUUAUUUUACCCUACUUUUCUCCAAAUGAAAUUCCAACAAUUAAAAAAGUCUUUUUUAAAAACGUCCGCGAUGAAAUCAAGUUGGACGAUAUCAUCAAGAAAUUGAACCACGCGUCUGUCUUUGAGAUCGACCGAUAUGCUUCAGUUGUGCAUACUGUUGUUGACGUAGCCACAGCACAGAUCAUUCAAAAAUUUUCUUCACUCUUUCAAAAGGAAAUAGGAGGGGUUGGCUUUACUGUUUCUGUCUGUGACUAUGGGUAUGAAAUUUCGUUGACCAUUCCCACGCCAUCUUUUUCAAAAGAACUCAAAGAGUAUUUAAAUAGUUUUGGAACUAUAUUUAAUAUAGAUAUAACUCGACGCACUGAAGAUCGGAUGACACUUAUAGUCGGAUAUACAACUAUAGAAUCUGCAGAGAAACUAUAUGAAGCUAUUAAUGAUAAAGAUAACUAUAAAGCAAAACGGUUUUACUUAACUAGCGAAGACUUAACCAUUCAGAAGUGUCGAACUAAAGUAUUCAAGCCGUUGGACAAGAAGUGGUUUGUCUGCACCAUUCCAGAAACUUGGAACAAAGGAACCGUCGAGAGUAAACUCGCGACUCCUCUCUUGACCUUUGAAAGAGUCGCAAUAUGCGGAUUUAAAAACACUUAUAUCUUCUCAACAGAGGCCUCGUUCCAACCAAAUAAUCACGUGGAAAUUGAGUGGACCUUUGCUCGAGUCGAAAAGGAUGAUUUCUUUUACUCUCUUAAUAGAGUUAUCUCUAAAAGUACGAAUAUAUUCCCAAAGGAAAAUCAACUCUUCAUUUCUAAAAUCCCAAUUUUCUUGCAAAAUACGCCCAACUUGGCGGCUAUUUUCGGGGAUUUCGGGAGAUUGGCAAAUGUCGGGAUUUCUUUUGUGGGAGAGUGCCACGGGUACAUCACUUUCUUUGAAAAAAAACCUGCAGACACUCUGAUUAAAAUCGAAAAUAUGCAAAAUGGAAUGGUCAUCGGCCAUAGAAACUGA